AUGGACGCGACGCGACAGUCGCUGGGAGGCGGUCGAGACCUGGAAGAGGAAAUUGGGUCUGUGCUUCAUAUCCUGGACACGUCGCUGAUGACGCCCCCGUCGGGCAGUGACCUCGUGACUCCCGAGCAGGUGCAGCGACUGCCAUCGCAGUAUCAGCAGCAACCCAAGCACGAACAAAGGUGUAAACUGGUGACGCUGCAAGAGAACGAAGACGGAGCGUACCCUAAACUUGGCGAAGUGAUUGAUCUGAUGGAGUCACUGGACGCUAAUGGAGAUGGAGCUAUAGGAAUGGAGCAGCAGGAGCAGCAAUUAUAUAAUACUACAGACAGGAAUAUCGUCAGUGCGGGACUGCGUUUGGACGAAGGGAAGUCACAUCAUAUCUACAACACCCUUCAAGGAACUCAAUCGACCGCAUUGAGUAGCAACUACCUUGGGAAUAACAGCAUAUCACCUGCUGGACUGCUAAGCGGUCCAUCCAUGUCGCCCGCUACUAUCAACUGGCUACAAACGCUUGUACCUUCGACAAGCACGGAGAGUCUCACAGGUCUCGUUUCUCCUGCUACUCUCUUCAGCAUCGGCGCUAACUCAUCGUCCUCUGGAAGUGCCUUAGCUGAUGCAGCAACAAGCGGAUGUUUGAAUCGGGUACCGUCAUGUGAUACAAUUGAUUGGAAAGCAUACAAUGAGUCGCGCUCUGACAAGAGUCAAAAGGAGCCAGCAAAAUGGCGAGUCAUUCCUCAGCAUGGACCACAUGCUGACCUGGAAGCAAGCUUUAGUGGCAGCACAGUCGCGAGCCAUAAGCUUCCUACCGGAUGUGAUGUGACACCGGAUUCGAGUGAACAGCAGCAGAAACGUCUCGCAGCGAAGAACAUGGCGGAUGAGAAUAACAAGCGAAAGGCACUCCUAUCUCCAGAGUAUGUCCAAUACGGCAAUCCGGUCUCGAUGGUAACUUCUUCGAAGUCGCGCGAUCCCCUAUGCAGCGUCAAAGCAGAAAAAAAGUUGGUACAUGUCACGACAAAGGUAUUGGAACCGUCGGGGCGUCGGCCGUUCAAAAGGUCCCUGCACCAGACAACUUUACCUAUUGCGAAAUUGGGCUCAGCACAGCUGCAGCAGGAUGUUAUGGCAGCUUCUACCGGGGCGCUAUGUGCAGAUAAAACCGACGAUAUCGUGCGCUGUAAAUGUACUGGCAAAUGUCGUAAUGCUCGUUGUGCGUGUGUGAAGGUGGGGGUGGUGUGCGGCGCACGAUGCAAGUGCGUGGGCUGUGCGAAUCCGUUCGUACCGAUGGUGCGUGAAGGUAUAGAUACGCAGGUAGUGGUGCACGAUAUAUGCUUGAUGCAGUGUAUGUCCAAGGUUAAAGAUAUGCAAGAGCUGCUGGACUCGACCGUUAGCUACAAGUGUUGCGAUGGAGGCAGCGGAGUUGUGCAAGUAAAGCAUACCGUCGAGAAGGGGUUCGCUUGCCCGCAUUGUGGCGCUCACUUUACAUACUCGUGGUGCAAUAACCGACUAUGUGCUGACGCCAAGAAACCACGCCGCCAUUGUGGCAAGUGUCGUCGGUGUGGUGAUCAUCGCAAUCAGCAUUGCGACCUCUGCAAACACUGCUACUUUGCCGGUGUGGCAAACAGUUUCCGCUGCAGUUGCCAGUCCUCCGUUAGCAGUAGUAGGAAGGCACGAACGGUGCCGAAUCCAGUGGGCACAGUCACAGGUUCCAUCCCAAACGAAGAAGACGGUGAUACGCAAAGCAGCCCGCAACCAUUUGGUGCUGUUGACUUGGCGGUGGAUAGUUUUACCAAGCCCGACGACGACAGUAGUACGAAACCGGAGGAGGCAGACACCUCGUGCAAAAUGCAAUAG